AAAGGGAAGCAGUUUGCCUACCGCCAAAACGUGAAAAGCAGAACAUCAGCACUAAUAUUGGGUUGAUCAGGAUGCCCCGGCGCGCACGCGAGACCCAGACCAGCCUGGACAGCGAGGAAGAGCUCAGCCCUUCCUCCGAAGAAGAAGGAGAGUACGACGAUGAACGCUUGCAUUUUGAGGAACGAUUUGAUCCAGCAGAGGAUACAAUCUCGGACGAGAAAGUGGUGCCUUCACGUGCACCUCACACAAGGACGACACACAAACCUACUUCAGUUUUCAACGCGGUUGAGAAUCUUAAUGAAUGUGAGGAUCAUGACAAAACACCUUCCAAGAGAAAGAAAUACCAUUCAAAGGUCAAGAUUUUUUCAUGGAAAGCAGAGACUGAUGUUGACCAGGUUCCACAGACUCUGAGAUUCCUGCCUACUCGGGAACCAGGACCACAGUUGUCUGCUGCUGACUCACACUCUCCCAUGAGUCUUUUCAAACUGUUUUUCACAGAGAGCGCCAUGGAAAACCUGUGCCACAACACAAAUGCUCAGGCUGCCAGGGCAAUUGCAAAAGGCCGCAAGUACAAAUGGACAGAUGUCAGUGUUGAUGAGCUUUACAGCUACAUUGGACUCAUUUUCUACAUGGCCGCGGUGAAGAUGAGCUCCAUCGCUGACUACUGGCGGCAGGACACCAUUUUCUCUGUGCCUUUUCCUGCCACAGUUAUGUCAAGGGACAGAUACCGCACCAUUUCCUGGAAUGUACACAUGAGUCACCCAGACGCAGACAAGGAAAACGACAAAAAAAGGGGCACAGCUGAAUAUGACCAUGUUUUCAGGAUCAAACCCCUCAUGGACACGAUUCGUCUUGCAUGCAAAGCCUUCUAUCAUCCUAGAAGAAAUUUAAUUGUAAAUGAGAGAUUGGUGGCAUGCAGAGCAAAUACAGAAGUGACAAGGCAUUCAAAAACCAAGAUGACAAAGUUGGGCUUCAAGUUUUUUGAUCUUUCAGACUCAUCAAAUGGAUAUAUUUUGGACUUCUCCGUUUACACGGGCAAGAAUAAUUUUCCUGCAGACCGUGGGCUUUCGUAUGAUGCUGUGAUGUCUCUCCUGGAUCGUAAAGUUUUGGGCUCUGGGUACCAUUUGUUCAUGGAUGAUUUCUACACAAGUCCAAAGCUCUUCACCGACUUGUUUGCUCUAAAGUUUGGUGCUUGUGGGAUUUACCGAGACCACAGGAAGGACUUCCCGAAGACUGCAGAUAAUUCACUGAGCAGCGACUCCACCAUGGGAUCCAUCAGGUGGAUUCGGGACGGGCCUCUUGUGUGUGUGAAGUGGAUGGACACGCAAGUGGUGUCUGUUUGUUCCACCAUACAUGCUGCCUAUACAGGAGACCGAGUGAAAAGGAAAGCCAAAGUACAAGAUAGAUGGAAGACAAAGAUUUUACCAUGUCCUGCGCCUGUGUCUGCAUAUAACCACCACAUGGGGGGUGUUGACCUCUCCAAUCAGCUGUUGCAGUUUUACACCAUACAGCACAAAGCCAUGAAAUGGUACAGAAAAGUCUUUCUACACUUCUUGGACAUUGCUUCCACUAAUGCUUUCCUGUUGCAUAAAGAGCUGAUUGGAAACAUGACUCGCAAAGAGUUCAUGGAGGAGCUUAUUGCAGAGCUCUGUGGUGUGUCAAAGAAAGCAGAACCAGAACAGUCCAGCACAGAGCAUGUGCCAAUCCCAGGAGCUGAGUUGACUUCAGACGACAGAAGAAACGCUACUGUCGGUCGCCGGAAUUGUAUACAUUGCAAGACAGUGCAUGGAAAGAGGCUACAAACACCUUGGAAAUGCCAGGCUUGUGACGUUCACUUGUGUCUUCAGUUGAACAGAAACUGUUUCCAGGAAUGGCACAAAGGCGUGGUCAAAUCUGGGAGCUGAAAAAUGUGCCGUUGAAUGUGGCGUUUUUUCCAAUUUCCAUAAGUGUGCAGCUAAAAUAAAAUGUUAGAAGAUUAAUUUCCAUAUUGGCAGAUCUAUUGGGAAGCAGGUCAUUAUCUUUAAUAAUAAAUGUGGAGUAUAGAGACAGAUCCCCUCCAAAGACCUGGUCAACAAGGCCAUCACGACAAGACCACAGGAACCAAAUGACUCCUCUGCACAGCCUGACUCGGUAGCAGACUAGAAUUAAACUGCCGGCUUUGUCCGGCCAGAGGAGAACCAUAUACUAUUUCAACACACUUUUUCCCUGUUUAAUACUGUAAGUAUGCUUUGAAACGAUAUGCAUUGUAAAAAGUGCUAUAUAAAUAAAGGUGACUUGAUUAUCUGAAACGUAAACUAAUGUAGUGAAUUAGUAGUGUAGUAAGAUUAACAAUCACAUGUAUUUUUAUUAGUGCUGGACUACGAUUAUUUUUUUUCUAAAUUGCGAUUAAUCGCAUUGUCUGUGAUUGAUCACAUUGUCAAAUCUCAACUUAUAACAUUAAUGCAAUUAAAUCUAAAACAAGCCAUUUGUCACUGCCAGGACAUUAACG